AUGGAACGUUCAACUAGAUUCGAGGUCAACGGAACUUUGAAGAAGAAGCUAAAUAAUGAUAAGCCUAUAUCAUCUGACACAGUAAUAGACCUACUGUUAUCUGUGGGGCGAGACUUCGGGGGUUAUGGCUACCAAAUUUAUGAAUUAUUAAGAGCCCAGAAUGCGAGGUUGAUUCGCUUCAACCCGAGAUUUCUUAGAACCACAGUGUUUAAUGCGGUUGUGCACCAAAACCCCCAAGCUUAUAGGGACUUGGCGAACUCAGACCGCGUCAUGGAGGAAAGGUUUGAUGAGAUAAUAAGAAUUAUCCAUCUAACCGGUGGAAGACAUUCCCCAUGGCCGGUCUAUAUGGAUACGGAAGGCUCUUAUAAGAAGUGCCGGAAUGGUACCAAUCUCGCCAUGAUGAUUUUAUUUGACGUUAUCACUCGGCGAGUAUUCUUACUCAGAGUGGACCAAUUGAAUGUCUGGGACUUGGCGGAUGUGAAAGUGGCUCUCAAUUUGUACUCUUAUCGAAUGGUAACAUUCGGUAGAGAGAUGUUCCUCAAACAUCAAUGGGGAGACCUCCAAGGGAGAAACGGGAGCCAAUUGAUAUCUCUUUUGAAUGCGGCCGACAGAAUUGGGGUUGUGGUGCAUAAAACCGAAACCCUAAGUAACUGGACGGUACAAAGAUUGAGGGAAGAUCAAAAGCAGUAUGCUGCGAUGGAUGUGGUGGCCCUUCACUACCACAAUGUGGGUACCCGGGUCCAAUGGGAAUAUAAUCUUACCGACUCCCCACCAUCCAUCACCGCUCCCGUCUCUGUUCUCGCCUCUGCUCCUGCUCCCGUCUCUUCUCCUGUCACCAGCUCACCACCAUCCAUCACCGCUCCCGUCUCUGUUCUCGCCUCUGCUCCUGCUUCCGUCUCUUCUCCUGUCGCCAGUUCUUUUUGGCUCACCACCACCAUCCAUCACCGCUCCCGUCUCUGUUCUCGCCUCUGCUCCUGCUCCCGUCUCUAUCUCUGCCUGAUCACCCCGCUUCCGUCCCCAUUCUAA